AUGGCACACAUCGCGCAAUCCAUUACUUCACUUCCAUUCAACCACCCAGCACAUAAUAUACUUCUAACCCUACCACGCACCGCGUCGCAUUUGUUAGUUCGCAUGCUCAACCUCCCGAACCAACCAUCCCUCUCCCGACAUCCGCGCGACGGUUACUUCUUCAUGCCCUCGCUACAAUACCGGUACCAGCACGAUACUUACAAUCGACCCAUCGCUCAGUGGACCGAUGAAGAGCAUGAGGAAAUGAACGCGACUAUCCAAAACGACCUGACUACAUGGGAGAAGUGGGUGCAAGACGCACAACUCGUCGGCGACGGUACGUUUGUCAAAGAACAUAUCAACUUCAUGCUUCGACCAGACGCCGAGUCGGACUUCCUGCAUACUUCUGAUCAAGAGACGGAAGGGAAUCCCACUUGCAUACCAGACACGUUCCUGCAAGUCGUGCGCCCAACGUUUCUCAUCCGCCAUCCAGGCCUGGUCGUCCCCAGCCUGAUGCGCGCCGCAAUCGAUCUCGAAGGUAUGGAAGCUGUUUCAUCGCCUGCGUCGGAGAAGGCUAUGCGCUGCGAGGCAAGUUAUAGAUGGCAUGUUGCGCUUUAUAAACAUCUCACAAAUUUGGUAACCUACCCGUGCAAAUCACACCACGCUGGCACCUUGUAUCCGAUUGUACUCGAUGCUUCUGAUCUCAUCAACCCUGCGCUUGUGAAGAAGUACGCAGCGGCUAUCGGAUUGGACCAGAAUACAGUACAGUUCAAUUGGGAGAGUGGAAGUGCUAACAGCCUGGGAGGAAUGGAGGCAAGGAUGAAGGAUACAUUGUUGGGAAGUGAAGGGGUGGUGAUGGAUAAAUUGGUAGGGCGCAAGCAGUUCCAUAUUGAAGAGUUUGUCUUCACCAACCACGUUCUCACUCGUCUUAUCUUGUACGAGGCAAAGGUUUCGAAACAAUAA